AUGUCCCCCACGAUCAACGUCAAAGGCAGCGACUCCGGCUCAGCCCGUGUCCUCGGCUCGGGAGCUUCAGGUAUCGCUGAGCUGCUCCUGUUCCACCCCGUGGACACGAUUGCGAAGCGGUUGAUGAGCAACAAGACCAAGGUGUCGAUGGCCACAAUCUCCCCCAUCAUCUUCAAGGAGCACGCAGCAGCACCCCUUGGUCGCCGGUUGCUGUCCCUGUUCCCUGGGCUCGGCUACGCGGCGGGUUACAAGGUGACGCAGCGGAUAUACAAGUACGGCGGACAGCCGUACUUCCACGACGUCCUCUCGCGGAACUACAAGAGCAGCUUCACGAACGCGUUCGGCGAGCGCAAGGGCAAGAUGGUCAUGCAGGCCGCUGCUGGCAGCUUGACGGGUAUCGGUGAAGUUGUCCUGCUCCCCUUGGACGCUCUCAAGAUCAAGCGUCAGGUGAACCCCGAGGCGUUCCGUGGUCGCGGCGUCGUCCGGAUCUUCAUGGAGGAGGGCACCACUCUCUACCGCGGGUGGGGCUGGACAAUGGCGCGUAACGCCCCCGGCAGUUUCGCAUUGUUCGGUGCCUCCGCGAUGACGAAGGAGUACAUGUUCGGCAUCCAGGACUACCACAAGGCGACCUGGGGGCAGAACUUCGUCGCGUCCAUCGCGGGCGCGGUCGCGUCCAUCACCGUCGCCGCGCCGCUGGACACGAUCAAGACGCGCAUCCAGAACGCGAACUUCGAGAGCAAGGUCAGCGGCAUGACCGUCGUCAAGGACCUGCUCAAGAACGAGGGCCCCGGCGCGCUCUUCAAGGGCCUGACGCCCAAGAUCUUGGUCGUCGGUCCGAAGCUGGUGUUCAGCUACACGCUCGCGCAGUCGCUCAUCCCCUGGUUCUCCAAGUACGUAUAA